UCCCAUUUUUCAUUCCUAUCCUCAAAAAAACACUGAGAUUAUUUUAAAUUAUUGAAAGUGUUGAUUUUAUCUUCUCCCCUUGCUCGUGGGACCCGGAUCUAAAACAUAUUCUUCCGCACCUCAUGUUAAUUAGGAGGCUAGACAGAAAAAUCCCAGUUCCCUUUCAACGACAGAGAGAAAACAUUUCCUCUUUAAAAUUUUGAAUUUCAAGAGACGUUUAUUUGACGACAGAGAAAACACUAUCCACCCACACACAAUUUUCUGGAGCUGGAAAUAGAAAACAAAAGCUUUGUUUUUUCCAUAGAAAGAUUGAUCUGAAGCUAAAGAAGAAAAUGGGAGAAUCUGCAGUUCUAGCUCAUUCGUAUUCCUUCGCAGCUCCUAUUACCCGUUCUGAUUCUCAUGAGGAUAACACGAUCCCUGCGCUUAGCCAAUCGAUAUCCUUUGGGAAGUUCAUGAGUGAGGAUCUCGAAUGGGGCAAAUGGUCUACCUUUUCGCACAAGAAGUACGUUGAAGAAGCUGAGAAGUACUCUCGUCCUGGCUCCGUUGCUCAGAAGAAAGCUUUCUUCGAAGCUCACUACAAGCGUAUAGCCGAAGCCAAGAAAGCUGCAGCGGAAGAACAACCAACGGUCACGCCUGCCGAAGUUUUGCUCCACGCUUUGGAAACACAGCCUCCGUUGAGUUUGUUACCAGAGGAAGAACCCCUCGAAAGGAGAAGUAUUCAUAACCAUGAAGACGUUCUUGUUGCUGUGGAUGAUUCAUUAGAAGAGAAGAAGAAGCAAGAUGAAGAAGAGGUGGUGUUGAAAGAGGAUUGCUCUGUUGAUGAAAAGGAGAAAACUAAAACAAAGAAGAAACCGGUGUUUAGAUUGUCUCUGGAGAAAACAAUCCCUCCUGCUAAACCUAUAGAGAUUGCUCCAUCAGAGAAAACAAGUGAAAGACAUCAGAUGAUUCAGAGUUCAGGGGUUCAACGCCAGAAAUUCAGUUUCUUGAACUGUUUCAUUGGUAAUUCUAAAACUCGAGAUCAGAGUCAGAACAUGAGAAAGACGGAGAAGAAGAACCAAAAGAAGAAGCAGUUCAUGUGUCUUUGUUUGAAACCAAAGACUAUAAGAGAAUCAUAAAGGAAAGCAAAAAGAAGCAGCUUAAAGAAUACAACUUUGAAGCAAGCUCUCUACACAAAUGGCAAAUGGGAGAAAUAAAAAGAUUUUGACUUCAUGGUUCGAUCAAGCUACUUAAAGUGAUUAAACACGGAACGAUUUUAUUACCGUAGAUGGCACCGAUUAUACUCUUUUAUUACCAAUUUUAAAGAGUCUGAGUGCAUUAGGAAGAAGAAGAAGAAGAAUAGCUUCUUUUGUUUAAGUCCUUUUGAUCUCAGUCUCCUUAUGUAAUGAAAGAACAAGUCCGAUUCUUUUUGGUCUGAAUAUAUUUAUCUUUAAACUA